AAAACAUUUCUCUGCUAAGGGAGAGAGGGAAGGAGAAGUAUUGUCGUCUACCUUCCCUUCUCUUCUAUUUCUGCUUCAGAUCGAGCAUUAUAAAGUUGUACUGAGCUGAUCUGAAUGGCAAUCCGGCUCCGUAUUAUAGAUGAGGACGCCGUACACUCUCAGCACCAUAAUUUCCCUGCCGUACGCUGAGGUUUUGAUACAAGAGAUUUCUGUAAUUGGGCGUUAGAUUUGUUAGAGGCCUUAAUCAUAACUUACCAGGUGCCUUGAACCUUCUGCUUCUGCUAUACGUUCGAGUCCACCACCAUACAUUCCACUGACGCACGCAGCAGCAGCAGUAGCUGCAGGAGGGAGCAGGCCGCACUUCGGACAUAUCGCCGGAGUACGCGAUGUUGAGUCACAUAGUGCCUCCUUUUCCAAGCCAUUGACAGAUCUUCGAAGAAGGGGAGGAGCCGCGGAGAGGGCGAGUGGCAGCUGCAGUCGAGUUCAGCUGGGACUGCCACUGUAGGCGAGUAGAAGAAGGAGGGAAGUGCGGGAGUGUGCGUAGAAUGAUGAGCAAUCGAUGAGAGUCAAGAGGCCGAUCGAUCGGAAGGAUAUAUAGAGAAGGAGACACGAAUCUGACGGGCGGGGAGAAGUGUCAGACCAGAGUGAGAGAGAGGGGGAGAAAGAGAGAGAGAGAGAGCGAGCCAGCGAGGGGUCGGGACGAAGAAGAAGACUACGAGACAUUGCAGGUCAUUGAGGCGCGAGAGAGGCCAGGAGAGGGGAGAGGCUCAGGACUGAAAGCAGUACCAGCAAAAGCAGAAGACGGAGAAGAAGUCAGCGCAGCCAAAAGUGGAGGGAGCUCAACACUGUGAAAUCAAUUUGCAGCCCUCUCAAGCUCACCCACGAGGAACGCAACCAGAACUGAGGUAGUGCACAUUGCGUUGAACACACAACGACCAAUCGAUCCUUCGACCGUCGUCUCUCUCCACCCUGCCCACCAUCUUCCUCUCCCUCUCGUCUUCCCUCCCUUUCUCUCUUUCUCCAUCCCUCCUACCUGUGUUUCCACGAGCAGCAGGUUUCCGAAGCACUCCCCGACCGAACCUCGUGCAAACAGCGAUGCACAGGCAUUAGGGGUCGGCAGCCAUCGCCCGGAAGAGCACAUCAUCCGAAAGAACAGAGCGGUGGGAGAGCUCGGAGCUGACUAGGAUUUGAGGAGCUGAGGCGAGGCACGAUGGUGUCUGCGGGAGCGUCGUUGUGGAGUCUGCUGUUGCAGCUGUACUCGUGGUCGGGACCCGUACUGAUGCUGGUGUAUCCGCUGUAUGAGUCCAUACGGGCUAUCGAGAGCCCGGGCAAGGAAGACGACGCGCAGUGGCUCACGUACUGGGUCAUCUUUUACUCGUUUGUGGAGCUGGGAUUCGACAGGCUGCUGUCGUGGAUUCCGCUCUGGUACAUGGUGAAGCUCAUUGCCGUCGCGUGGCUGGUGUUGCCUCCGUUCCGGGGCGCUGCCUACAUCUACGACACUUACGUGAAGAAGUACGCGGGCACGUUCACGGUGAAGAUCGAGAGGAAAUUGAAUGCGGAGCAGCGGAGCAUUAUUGCGCAGAUGAGCCCCGGGGCUCGCAACAAUGUCGCGCACUUCAUCAACGAGAACGGGACAGAUGCCUUCGACAGGAUCGUUCGAUCGGCUGUGCACGAUUUCCAUAAGGGGAAGUCGCCGAAUGGAGAGUCGGGGCGACGAUGGUUGAGCUCGGAUAGGUUCCUACGGUCUCCCGACUCGUCGCACGAGAAGGGAGAGAAGAAGCACCGAUGGUUCAACCAUAUCCACCAUUCCGACGAGUAUCACUCGGAGCGCAAGCAAGGCGGCUGGUCGCCUGAAUCCGACCACAAGCAUCACAACUGGGGUUGGUCGCAUCAUUUCGAUGGAGGUAUGUGAGUUCGCGACUUGGCCACUAAAUGUUCUGAACGCAAGAUCUGCGCAUUCUACGAGCGAUGGCGAUCAACGACGCGGUGUAUAAACGUGCCUUCGGCAAGACGAGACGAGACGUGCAAAAUGGAAUAGAGAUGGAGUGAGUCUGCGCAUACGAACGAACGAGCAUACGCAUUUUGGAAGGAUUGUAAAUGAAGUACCGGAAGAACAUUAGUAGCCGAAGCGUAUGGAUCGAAGCUUACCGUGGCUGACGCAUUUCGGGAGUACUGCGCACGGUAUUAUCUGAUGAGUUUUAGCAAAGUUCUCACAUGUUCUAUCUGAUGGGUAGUCCCAUCCUUUUUGCUAUAUAACUUGGUCCUCCAGUUCCCACAUGUAGAAUGUUCUACUCUUUUUAAACUUUUUUCCCCGGCGAGUAAAGAUCACAUGGGCUCGACUGUUUGGUCCCAUAACCGGCUUGCAGAGGACUGCCUACGCACUCCUCUUCAUUGUCUAAACCAAGCUUCAAACAAAACUCCGAGCUUCAAACAUUAAAAGUUACAUCAUCGUUUGUGCGGUUCAACUCGAUCCACUUGCGAAGAACAGCUUCAUGCUCAUUAAUUUCGUGUGUGCAGUGCAUUGUAGUCAGUGACGUCCAAAGAGCCACCAGCAAAUACUGUGUCAGUAGUGUGACGAAUGUGAGUGAAACCUUCUUCGAUACUUUGAGAAGUUGCUUUGUAAUAUAAUUUUGAAGUAACAAAUUACUUGGACUUGUUGUG